AUGUCUUCUGUCAAAGAGAGACUAGCUCAAACAACAGGCCUCUUGGGUGCCUCAAAGUCCGCCGACGAGCUCCCCUGGCAUCCCGAGUACACCAAGCUGCCUACGCGUAAGAAUUUACCAUCUAUUCCAGGAGCCCCAGAAGGUGCUGCUUGGGUUUGGGGAAAAGAUGACUAUCUUGGAAGACUUAAUCUCCUGACCCCAGCACGCGUCAAGGAUGCCGCUGCUGAAAUCAAGACCGGAGAACUAGUGCCUUUAAAUCUACCCCUUAACGUGCCGGAGACUCCGGCUUUUGGCCGAGAAAAAUUCGUUCAUACCAUCAAGACUCUCACCGAGAAUAUUGCCUAUGACGAUAAAUACGAACUCAACACUCAGAGUGGCACACAAUGGGAUGGAUUUAGACAUUUUGCACACCUGCCCACACAAACAUUCUAUAAUGGAACCAAAGGAAAGGAUAUCCUAGGACCAGAGGCAAACCAUAACUGCAGUAUCCAUCAUUGGGCUGACCAUGGCAUUGCUGGACGCGGUGUUCUUCUCGAUUAUUGGUCGUAUGCUAAUGCCAAUGGUAUCAAAUAUGAUCCUUACGCUUCCCAUGGCAUCACGUUCGAUGAUCUAUACAAGUGCGGCAAAGCCCAAGGUAUUGAUAUCCGGCCCGAAGCUCAAGGCGGUGACAUCAAAGUUGGCGACAUCUUGAUGAUUCGAUCUGGCUUCGUCGAUGCUUACUAUCAACGUUCCCCUGAAGAACGCACCCAAUUAGCCCUUCGACAUCAUGUCAUUGGCGAUGCGGACGAACAGAGGUAUGCCGGUGUGGCUCAAGAAGAUGCCGUUCUUGACUGGCUGCAUGACUCCUACUUUUCGGCUGUUGUCGGUGAUGCUCCUGCGUUUGAAAGAUGGCCUACAUCAAAAGAAUACUAUCUCCACGAAUAUAUUUUAGCUCUCUGGGGAAUGCCAUUGGGCGAAAUGUGGGAUCUUGAAAGACUUGCUGCUAAAUGCCGCGAGACAAAGCGCUGGGUCUUUUUUAUGACCAGUGCUCCUGCAAACGUUCCUUCUGGUGUGAGCUCCCAUGCCAACGCGACCGCAAUCUUCUAA